AUGCAUAUACAACUCAUACAAAGAUCUUUCAUUUUCGUGUGGCUUCUAGUUAUACGAGCCGUGUUGGCAGAUCAAUUCACAUAUAAAGCUUGCUACGCAGCAAGUGACAUCCGAAAAUUGGGACUGACUUACAAGGGCGUUUACGAGUACCAAUCGGUUUCAUACUGUGAAAACCAAUGUUCUGGCCAAGCUGUCGUUGCUCUUUUUAAUGGUACGGGUUGCUACUGUGGUGGCUCUGUAUCUCAAUUGCAGUCUUUGACGCAGGUAGAUUCCAGCAAAUGUGAUGUUAAUUGUGCCGGCUGGCCUUACCAGAAAUGUGGUGGUUUUUCUGCCAUGAACAUUUAUAUUAAUAAUGCUGCUUCUACCGCGGACUCAUCUUCGUCUACUACAUCUUCAACAUCUUCAUCAAGCACAAGCGUUAGUUCUAAAAUGUCCACGAAAUCAGACACGAAAAUCUCAACUAGCUCUUCUGCUCCACAAACUUCCUCUUCUUCAACCUCUACUACUACUUCCUCUUUAGAGACAACUACUUCCUCUUCCUCCUCUUCCUCUUCCUCCUCUUCCUCCUCUUCCUCCUCUUCCUCCUCUUCUUCAUCUUCUUCUUCUAGUGAUACAACAAUUACUACUUCGUCUACCUCAUCAUCUUCCAGUCCAGAAACGUCAUCUACACUCACGACUUCUUCAUCUACUGUACCAUCUUCGCUUCCAAAAUCGACAACAACGGGCGCAUCUUCUCCCUCAUCCAGUUCUAUAGGAACAUCUACACAUUACACUACGCGCGUGGUAACGCAGUCCGUAGUUUCUCAAGCCAACCAACAAGCAAGCACGAUCUUUAUCACAAGGACCUCUGUUUACGCAACAAUAUCAUCUACACCCUCCCCUAAUAGUGCCUCUGUGAAUGGGAAAUCAAGCUCUUCCAAGACCAAAGGUUUGAGUGGCGGUGCCAUAGCAGGUGUCGUGGUUGGUGUCGUUUGUGGUUCAGUUGCCUUACUAGCGUUGGCCAUAUUCUAUUUUGUAUGGAAGAAACGUCGCCAAUCUUCUCAGCACGUGGAUUUGGAAGAGAAAAAACACUAUCAACCUUACUCUUUGGGCGACGCUGAUGCUAACCCUGUCGUUCCACCCUCUACUUCCAGCUCCAACUGGCACAUACCUUCAAGAAAUAAUACAGCGCUGUCCAAGAAUACAGUGUCUACUUUUCCCACCUAUGAUCUGCCGACGAGGAUACCGGGUGGCAGAGAUUCAAUUAUUACCGGUGGUGCACAUAACGCCGGCAAGAGAAGUCACCUACCCUCAGUGGUGUAUGAGGAACCACCUUCGAUCUAUAACGGGAAUCAAAGAUUCAGUGCUACUUCUUUGCCCGACAUGAUGGAAGAAAGACAAUUACAUAUCGUAAAUCCUGAUAAUGCCAGCUCGAAUACUGGCAGCAAUGCCUCUGAUGGUGAUGACGAUUAUGAUGAUGCAAAGGAUUCGAACAAUAGUUCUUUGCGCUGA